UUUACUUUUAACCCUCUCAGCUGUAAUCGGAUUGUAGAUAGCGAAAAAUGAUCUGAUUUGCAUUAUAUUAUAUAAAUCCAUUUCCUUAGUAGUUUUCAUUCUAAUAUUAUGUAUAUGUGUAUAGUUAUUUUUAUGACUUUUAUUUAAAACUCCGCAAAAUUAUCUACAUUAUGGACGAGGAUCAGGUUAUGAUCCCGCCGGAUUGUGUGUCUUCCCUUGGACACUCAAGGACGAUAGUCCACAUCGACGCCGACUGCUUCUACGCACAGGUUGAGAUGCUCGAAAACCCUGAGCUCAGGGGCAAACCCUUAGGAGUGCAGCAAAAAAACAUUGUAGUAACUUGCAACUACGUUGCUAGGGAAAAGGGUGUUUCGAAGCUGAUGCUUGUUGCAGAGGCGCGUAAACUUUGUCCUGGCCUGGUGCUGGUGAACGGCGAGGACUUAGCUCGGUACCGCGUCGUGUCCGACAGGGUGACCGACCUCUUGCAGUCCAGGUUUAGCUCGCUGGUGGAGCGCCUUGGCCUGGACGAAAACUUUGUCGACGUUAGCGAGAUGGUCAAGGCCAGAACACCCACCGCCCAGGUCGCAGGUCACGUCUACGGCGACUUAGUUCGAGAAGAGGAGGAGCAGGGCCUCGAGUGCCACUGUGGCUGCGACCAGAGGGUAAAGAUCGGCUCUCAGGUCGCCCAGGUGAUGAGAGAGGCCAUCCGCGAAGAAGUUGGGCUUACCACCUGCGCAGGCGUCUCCUUCAACAAGAUGUUGGCCAAGCUGGUCGGCAGUCAGCACAAGCCAAACCAGCAAACCACCCUAUUCAGCUGGCAAGCCCAGAAGCUUCUCAGUAGUCUUCCAGGCGGAGUGAGGGCGAUUCCAGGCAUCGGCAGGCAAAUGUCAGACUUGUUAAAGUCUGGGGGAAUCUCGUCUCUCUGCGACCUUCAGCAGGCUGGUCUGGACACCCUGACGACCAUCUUUGGCAACCGCGAUCGCGCCUCAGUGGUACAGAAGCUGGCCUUUGGCGUGGAUGACACACCCGUGAAGCCGAGUGGACGGCCGAAAAGCCUGGGCAUCGAGGACGCAGUCAAGGGUGUGAACUGCGCUCAGGACGCGGAGGCAAAGAUAGAGGCCCUGUCCGGACGGCUUCUAGACCUGCUGACAGCACAGCAAGACGGCCGGCUGCCCGGCACGGUGCGUCUGACCGUGCGCAAGUGGGACAAAGCGACCAAGGAGGCCAGACGUGAGAGCAGACAAGCUGCCAUGCCUGCUCUGCCUCCACUCCACAGCGAGACCUUCAGAGCGAGUUCCCUGGCGAAGAUGAUGCCCUUGCUGAAAGAGCUAUUUGCCAAGAUGGUGCCAGACAAGAAUGAAUUCCACCUGACUCUUCUUGGCGUCGCCUUCACCAACUUCUGCGACCGAAAGUCGGGGAAAGGAUCCAUCAGCUCUUUUCUGCAGCCCGUGGCGAAGAAGGCUAGGUUGGAUGCGACUGGAGUUGAGGCGUCAACCAGUCAUGUUUUGCUCCCUCCCGAGGUGGACCGUGACGUCUUCAAUGCGCUUCCUGCUGAAAUGCAGGAGGAAAUACUAGCUGACUGGAAAAACAGACAGCAGACUUUGCCUAGUCCAACCAAGGCCAAAAAGAAAUGUACUAUUAAUGAUUAUUUCGGUAAGAAGAAAUAGACUGAUUUUUUUGUUCUUUAAA